UGCCUGCAGCCUCCUGUUCACAAGCAGGGACAAAGUAAAAGAAUGCAGAAGCACAGAUUUCUAGGUACUGGACCUCAGAUUGCAGUUUCCUGCCUCCAGAAAUUAUUAGGAUUUUUCUUCUUUUUCUGUGCGUUGGCAGUAAAUGUUUCUGCUUCCAGCAUUCAGCCCAAGAGAAGCACAGAAAACUGUCAGUAUCUUGGAGAGGAUUUUGAAAGACUUAAGGUAGAAGGAGAGCCUGUCAUCCUGAAAACCGGUUUCUCAAAGCUCCACAACACGGGCUCCUUCAGCCUCCACUACAACCUAUCAUGUCAUAAAAAUGAUUCGGAGAAGACUAUUCUAGGAAGCAGCAAAUCAGGCAGAGCGUGGGUGAACAAUGAUGAUCUCUGGAUUCUGCCAGCAUCACCAGAGGACACAGGAACUUACAUUUGUACCUUUAGGAAUGAAUCUUACUGUGCCACAAAGUCUUUUAAGUUAAAGGUCUUUAAGAAGACAGAAGCAUCUUUGCAAUACAUUUCCUAUCGCCAACGCCAAGUUCCAACCACUGGUUCUAGAUAUCUAGUGUGCCCCGAAAUAGAUGAUUUUAUCAAAGACAGAAAUAACAUGGAAAUAAAGUGGUAUAAGGACUCAGUUCUUUUGGACCAAAGCAACAAGAAGUUUUCAAUUUUGAAAGGAACCACUUACUGCCUCAUAAACAAUGUGUCAUUGGACAGCUCUGGUUACUACACCUGUGAACUGCCUUUUGUCUAUGAAGGUGUGAAGUAUAACGUCACCAGGCACAUUGAGCUACUUGUCAUUAAAAAAAAGGAGGAGACCAUGCCAGUGAUUAUUGGACCUAAUAAGACUAUGUUGACUUCUCUUGGUUCCAAACUGAUAAUUCCCUGCAAAGCAUCUUUUGGCUUGGGCUCACGGUCUACAACACUUUUGUGGUGGACAGCAAAUAACAGUUUUGUUCAUGAUGUCUACAAAGAAGGACGAGUUAAGGUGGGAGAGCUCCGUGAAUAUUCAGAAAACAAUAAAGGCUAUAUUGAAGUGCCUCUGAUAUUUAAUUCAGUGGAAAAGAAGGACUUGAACACUAAGUUUGUAUGUACUGCCCAGAACAGACUGGGAUACCAGACCUUGCAAGCAUCAGUUAAAGAAGAACCUACGUUUUCCUGGGGAAUUGCUGUGGCUCCUCUCUCACUCAUCUUCUUGGUCUUUGUUGGCAUAUGGAUCCAUAGAAGGUGGAAACAGAGACCUGGAAAAGGUUACACUACUAGGAAAUCAAAGAUUAUCACCCAUGAUUGUCAACCUUACAGAAAGGAAAUGAUAUAAAACCACAAUCUUUUUUUUUUUUUAAUGACAAAGAGUCGUUCUCUUCUGGUCGAUAUCCACUCCCCCCACCUCCCACUUUACCCCGAAGCUGCUGAACUCGUGCUGAAGUAUUGACUCAGAAAAUAAAAUGAACAUAUAUUGCCUUUCUGCAUAUGGCACUAUGGAAGCCUUUUUCCUCUAUUGCUCUCAGCUUAAAUGAAUGGAGUGAAGGGCUUGCCUCCCAGGACCUUAAUACUUUGAUAUGUGAAUGGCUUUGUGAUCUUAUCCAUGGCUUUAGGUCACAAGACCCUUAACUAUUUCCUCUGUUUAAUUCUUGCUCUUAUCCUGCCCCCCCCAUCUUUUAUCUAUCUCUAUCUUUUAUGUAUCUACUUAUUUACAUAUUG